AGUUGUUACAUGAAAUCUGCAGUUUCAUAAUUUCCGUGGGUCGGGCCGGGGCGGCCAGGCGCUGGGCACAGCAAUGGCCACCACUGGGGCCCUGGGCAACUACUACGUGGACUCGUUCCUGCUGGGCGCCGACGCCACGGACGAGCUGAGCGCCGGCCGCUACGCGCCCGGGACCCUGGGGCAGCCCCCCAGGCAGGCGGCCACGCUGGCCGAGCACCCCGACUUCAGCCCCUGCAGCUUCCAGUCCAAGGCGGCGGUGUUCGGCCCCUCGUGGAACCCGGUGCACGCGGCAGGCGCCAACGCUGUGCCCGCGGCCGUGUAUCACCACCACCACCACCCCCCCUACGUGCACCCCCAGGCGCCCGUGGCGGCGGCAGCGCCAGACGGCAGGUACAUGCGUUCCUGGCUGGAGCCCACGCCCGGUGCGCUCUCCUUCGCGGGCUUGCCCUCCAGCCGGCCUUAUGGCAUUAAACCUGAACCGCUGUCGGCCAGAAGGGGUGACUGUCCCACGCUUGACACUCACACUUUGUCCCUGACUGACUAUGCUUGUGGUUCUCCUCCAGUUGAUAGAGAAAAACAACCCAGCGAAGGCGCCUUCUCCGAAAACAAUGCUGAGAAUGAGAGCAGCGGAGACAAGCCCCCCAUCGAUCCCAAUAACCCGGCAGCCAACUGGCUUCACGCUCGCUCCACACGGAAGAAGCGCUGCCCUUAUACAAAACACCAGACACUGGAACUGGAAAAAGAGUUUCUGUUCAACAUGUACCUCACCAGGGACCGCAGGUACGAAGUGGCCCGGCUGCUCAACCUCACGGAGAGGCAGGUCAAGAUCUGGUUCCAGAAUCGCAGGAUGAAAAUGAAGAAAAUCAACAAGGAUCGAGCAAAAGACGAGUGAUGCCAUUCAGGUUUAUUAGAACAGACAGCGAGGUAGAAAGAAAGAGAAAGAAUUGCCCGUUCACUUCUCCCUUCUCUCACCCCCUACCCCAGCCUCUACCAUCCUGGCACAAAGCGGCUCUCGGCUUUAAACCCCAGGCCACAUCUCUCCCCAGGCAAACCAUGCUCAGGCUGACUGGUAGGCCUGCUGCUUUGAUGGAGGAGGUAUUGUAAGCUUUCCAUUUUCUAAAAGAAAAAAAAAAAAAAAAAAAGGGAGGGGGCUUUAGUGCUCAUAGCUGUGUGUGCUAGCUUGUAUAUAUUUUUAAAAAAAUCUACCUGUUCCUGACUUAAAACAAAAGGAAAAAACUACCUUUUUAUAAUGCACAAUGUUGACGGUGUGUUGUAUAGUUUUUAGUCUGUGUAGUUAAUUUAAUUUGCUCUUUGUGUGGCAGAUUGCUCUGCCGAGAUACUUGAAUACUGUGUUUUAUUGUGGUAAUUAUGUUUUGUGACUCAAACUUCUGUGUAUUGGGUGAUGCACCCGUUGUGAUUGUAGAAGCUAGAAUUCAAUUCGAACUCAGGUUGUUUAUGAGGGGGAAACAGUUGCAUAGAGUAUAGCUCUGUAGUGGAAUACUUCUGUAUAACUAGGCUGUUAACCUAUGAUUGUAACUAGCUGUAAGGAUUUCCCAGUGAAAUAAAAAAAAAAACUUUAAAAACUGUUCUCGGGGAUGCAUAGAUUCAUGGUUUUCUUCACUUUUGAAAUGUGGGUAUUUUAGUCUCUACAUGAUCAGUAGUCCUGUCUUAUCCAUUGUAUAUACAAUCUAUGUUAAUAAGUACAUAAUCAGACAAGCUUGAAUAUUGUUUUUGCACCAAACAGUGAGGAAAUUCAGAGCUAUACAUAUGUGCAGAAGGGUACUACCUAUGGUUUAUGCAUAAUUUUAAUUGGGGAAAAAUGAAUGCUAUUGUAACCGAGUUAAUUUUAUUGCUAAUAAAUUAAACACUAUGAAACCGCCAUUGGGCUACUGUAGAUUUGUAUCCUUGAUGAAUCUGGGGUUUCCAUCGGCUGAGCAUACACUGUAUAUUUUACAAUAGUUACCUCAAGGCCUACUGACCAAAUUGUUGUGUUGAGAUGAUAUUUAACUUUUUGCCAAAUAAAAGUAUAUUGAUUGUUUUCUAA